AGGAGAAGGUCUCGCGUGGCAGCAGAUGUUUACUGAAUGCUUUUGGCAUGUGCAUCACUAUAUUUUAAGUGGUGUCUGAAUUAUUACAUUGCUUUGUAAAUGUCUCUACUACUGAAUCUCUUAAGACAGCUGCUGGAAUAUUAUGGUGUGUCACCAGAACUGCUCCUACAAAGGUGUGAAGUCCAUCUUAAUCGCAUUGCUCGCAUAAUUGGAUCCCAUCUUUCUGCAAAUACCCUCUCAGGAACACACUUCCAGCAGUUAUGUGCCAUCUCAAGGAGCUGUUUGAUAUCCUGGACUUGGGAAAGAAAAGAAUAUGGAUCUACCCGAAGUUUCGUUCGUAGACUGGGGAAGUGUCUGUUAUUAACUCCUUCUCCAAGGCCUCACUUUCAGUUGAUCCGAAGUUUGAAUUCUUUAGAGACUGAGCAAAUUAACUCUGUUACACCAUCUCUUGCUGAUGUCUUGUGGAUCGCAGUUGAUGACAGGGAGCCAUAUGCUCAAUUCAGAUUUGGUGAAUGGAGAGAAGUUGUGAUUCCAUCUACAUUUCCUGCACCAGCUGCUUCAAAGGAAAUAGCACAAAAAACGACUGUUGUAGAUGGCGAUGCAUUCCAAAAAAUUUCUGCUCUUGAGGAUGAGUUAGCUCAUCUUCGUAGACAGAUUGCUUCAAUUGUGGCACUGGAUAGGACAAGAAAUGAGCAAUCAUGUUCAGGUACCAUGAAUUCAUCAAAGUCACCCUCUACUGGUCUCCCACAGCCAGCGAUGACUUCCACACCAGUUACUAUCUCUCUUUGUAACUUAGUCAUACCACCACCUCCACCACCACCUGUACUGCUAUCUGAUUUUGAUUCCCGUAAUUCAGCAAUUGAGCUUAUUAAGCAACGUCGGGCUGCAAGUAAGAGUAGGAAUAAUACCGACAGUGCUGGACAGCAGACAGUUAAGACUGUUCCGAGUAUGAUGGAUGUUCUGAAGGAUAUAAAUAAGGUCAAACUAAGAGCUGUGGAAAGAUCCCCUGGAGGUACACCUGUACCCCCCAAAAAGAAAAGAAUGCAAUCACAGUGGGAUCCUGCAGCUUUAAUAUCGGAAGCUCUUAAGGAGAAAUUUGCAUCCCACAGGAAUGAUGAUGAUUCAUUUGAUAAAGAGAAUAGAUCCUAUGGUGCUUCUCCAUUUUCCAGUCCAGAUACUCCAAUGGUUGGCUGUCGCAUUUUGAAGCCAAGUAUGAAGCAGACACUUAUUAGAGCUGAGGAACUGAUGCAUGUAUCAGCUACAAAAGCAAGAGUUCCUAUUUAGCCAUGAUGUAGAGCUUGUGGAAUAAAGCUAUUCUAUCUAUAA